AGUCGAUCCAGAGCCUCCAGCAAGCAGCAGCUGGAAACGCGGAAGAGGGAGCAGACACGAAGCGGGAGGUCAGCUGUACACCCAGGAAAAUAGAACUUCUACCCUCAGAGGAGUCAAAGAGGAGGCAGAACUAUGGCAGGAAAGCUCCGGAAGUCCUACAUCCCUGGAGUGAGCAUCUGGCAGCUGGUGGAGGAGAUCCCCGAAGGCUGCAGCAUGCCGGACUUUGAGCAGAAGCCCGUCACCUUGGCUCUGCCAGAGGGGAAAAAUGCUAUCUUUCGGGCUGUCGUCUGUGGGGAGCCCAGGCCUGAGGUGCGUUGGCAGAACUCCAAAGGUGACCUCGGUGAUUCCAGCAAGUACAAGAUCUCCUCCAGCCCUGGCAGCAAGGAGCACGUGCUGCAGAUCAACAAGCUGACAGGCGAGGACACGGAUCUGUACCGCUGCACAGCAGUAAAUGCGUACGGAGAGGCCGCUUGCUCAGCGAGACUCACCGUCAUCGAAGUUGGCUUUCGGAAGAAUCGGAAGAGGCACAAGGAACCGCAGGAAGACCUCAGGAAUGAGCUGAUGGACUUCCGGAAGUUGCUGAAAAAGAGGGCCCCACCAGCCCCCAAGAAAAAGGUGGACCUUGAGCAGAUAUGGCAACUGCUGAUGACAGCAGACAGGAAGGACUACGAGCAGAUCUGCUUGAAGUACGGCAUCGUCGACUACCGUGGCAUGCUGCGCAGGCUGCAGGAGAUGAAGAAGGAACAGGAGGACAAGAUGGCACAGUACCUCAAUGCCAUCUCCAGCUUAAGACACAUCAGGGUCACCAAAGAUGGGAUUGCAAAGUUUGACCUGGAGCUGGAUCUCAAGGAUUCUCAGAGCAAGAUUUACCUGUAUAAGGAUGGUGAGAUGAUCCCCUAUGGCUUCAACAACCAGACCAAGCACUGUCUGCGCCGGCUGGGGAAGCGCUAUGAGUUCCAGAUCCAAGAUCUGAGGCCUGAGGAUGCUGGCAUUUACCAGGUCAAGGUGGAGGAUGCUGUGGUCUUCUCCACAGAACUGGAGGCCGGUGCCAUCCCCCCAAGAGUGGCGGUCCCACUGGCGGAGACCCACUGUGAGGAGCAGGGUGACGCAGUCUUCGAAUGUACCCUCUCCAGUCCCUGCCCUAGUGCAGCCUGGCAUUUCCGGCACCGGCUACUCCACCCCAGUGACAAAUAUGAAGUGUUCGUGUCCCCCGACGGGCUGACCCACCGGCUGGUGGUGAGGGGGGUCCAUUUCUCAGACAUGGGCCCCUACUCCCUGGGCACUGGGCUCUAUACUUCCAGCGCCUGGCUGGUGGUUGAAGCUGGGAAGGAUAAAGACCUUCAGUCCACAAGUGCUGACCACCAACUGCAGAGCAGGAGAGGUGGCAAAGACAGCAGGUUGGACAUCUAUGGAGAGAGGAGAGAUGCUACCCGGAGUUCCACAUCCAGAUACAAGCCUGGCACUAGCAGUUUCUCCAAGGAUGCCCGAGGCCCCAUGGGCCACUUCUCCCAGGGCCUGGCUGACAUUGAGGUGCAUCAGGGGGAGGCUGCCACACUCUCCUGUACCCUCACCAGUGACCUGGGACCUGGCACCUGGUUUAAGGAUGGCAUCAAGCUCACCGCCCAGGAUGGAGUCAUCUUUAAGCAAGAUGGUCUCAGGCACAGCCUCUUCAUCACGCACGUGCAGGGGACCCAAGCCGGGAGGUACACCUUUGUAGCCGGUGACCAGCAGAGCGAGGCCACCCUGACUGUCCAGGAUUCCCCUACCAUUGCUCCAGAUGUGACAGAGAAACUGAGAGAGCCACUGGUGGUCAAGGCUGGGAAGCCGGUGACAGUGAAGAUCCCCUUCCAGAGCCACCUCCCCAUUCAGGCUGCCUGGAGGAAGGACGGGGCUGAGGUGGUGGGCAGUGGUGACAGGGAGGCCCAGGUGGACCUGGGGGAUGGCUACACGCGGCUGUGCCUCCCCAGUGCAGGCAGGAAGGACUGUGGCCAGUACAGCGUGACGCUGACGAGCGAGGGAGGCUCUGUGCAGGCCAAGCUCACUCUGCAAGUCAUAGACAAGCCUGAUCCCCCACAAGGCCCCAUGGAGGUUCAGGAUUGCCAUAGGGCUGGAGUCCGCCUCCGCUGGCGGCCCCCAAGGGAUGAUGGGGGCCGGACUGUAGAGCGCUACGUGGUGGAGAGACGGCAGGCUGGCAGAAGCACUUGGCUGAAGGUGGGCGAGGCCCCCGCUGACAGCACCACCUUCACGGAUGCCCAUGUGGAGCCAGGCAGGAAGUAUGCCUUCCGAGUGCGGGCUGUGACCUCAGAGGGGGCUGGCGAGGCCCUGGAGUCUGAGGAGACAUUGGUGGCUCCUGAGGCUCUCCCCAAGGCCCCUUCUGCGCCAGCCAUUUUGUCGGCCUCCAGCCAGGGCAUCACACUGACAUGGACAGCACCUCGGGGCCCUGGCAGCGCCCACAUCCUGGGCUACCUGAUCGAGAGGCGUAAGAAGGGGAGCAACACGUGGACAGCAGUGAACGACCAGCCGGUGCCUGAGAGGAAGUGGACGGUGGCGGACGUGCGGCAGGGCUGUCAGUAUGAGUUCCGGGUCACAGCUGUGGCUCCCUCAGGCCCCGGAGAGCCUGGACCCCCAUCGGAUGCCGUCUUUGCUCGGGACUCCAUGAGACCCCCUGGGCCGGUGAGGAAUCUCCAAGUCACAGACACAUCGAACACCAGCAUCACUCUGAGCUGGGCUGGGCCAGACACCCAGGACGGGGAUGAAGCCCAGGGGUAUGUGGUGGAGCUGUGCAGCUCAGACAGUCUCCAGUGGCUCCCAUGCCAUGCAGGCACCGUGCCAGUCACCACCUACACGGCCAAGGGGCUUCGGCCUGGAGAGGGCUACUUCGUGCGGGUGACAGCAGUUAAUGAAGGAGGCCAGAGCCAGCCCACUGCCCUGGACACAUUAGUGCAAGCCAUGCCUGUUACUGUCUGUCCCAAGUUCCUCGUGGACUCCAGCACCAAGGACUUGCUGAUGGUCAAGGUCGGGGACACUGUUCGUGUGCCCGUCUCCUUUGAAGCCAUGCCCAUGCCUGAGGUGACCUGGCUGAAGGAUGGCUUGCCCUUGCCCAAAAGAAGUGUGACCAUUACUAAGGAUGGCCUCACCCAGCUUCUGAUCCCUGUGGCUGGACUCUCAGACAGUGGUCUCUACACUGUGGUGCUGAGGACCCUGCAGGGGAAGGAGGUUGCCCACAGCUUCCGUAUCAGGGUGGCAGCAUGUCCGCAGGCGCCUGGGCCCAUCCACCUGCAGGAGAACGUGCCUGGGACGGUGACCGCCGAGUGGGAACCCUCUCCUGACGAGGCCCAGGAUGUCCCGCUGCACUACGCGGUGUUCACACGCUCCUCAGCGCACGGCCCCUGGCGCGAGGCAGCCGACCGCAUCCACACCAACCACUUCACCCUCCUGGGCAUCCUCCCUGGCCACGAGUACCACUUCAGGGUGGUGGCCAAGAAUGAGCUGGGGGCCAGCAAACCCUCGGACACCAGCCAGCCCUGGUGCAUCCCCCGGCAGCGCAACAGGUUCACAGUGAAGUCUCCGAGCUACAGGGAGCCCGACCUGAGCCAGAAGCCCCGGUUCCUGGUGGGCCUGCGGUCCCACCUGCUGCCCCAGGGCUGCGAGUGCUGCAUGAGCUGCGCCGUGCAGGGCUCGCCCCGGCCCCACGUCACCUGGUUCAAGAACGACCAGAGCCUGGAAGGAAACCCUGCGGUGUACAGCACCGACCUGCUGGGCGUGUGCUCCCUCACCAUCCCCAGCGUAUCCCCGAAGGACAGCGGGGAGUACAAGGCUGUGGCUGAGAACACGCUGGGCCAGGCAGUCAGCACUGCCACCCUCAUUGUCAUAGAACCCAGCCCCUAGCUUCACCUCACCCUGGGAUGGUCCUGGACCCUUGAAGCUUCACUUCCGACACCUGCACUGGCCCGGGAAGCCAAUCCCAAGGAUGGAGGCUGUGCCCAGAGCCCCAGGAAAAUGGGAGUGAGAAGAUGCCUGGCAAGGUUUUGGCCAGGAAGACAUGAAGUCCUUGCGGAAGAAAAACAAGGGAGGAGGGCAUUCCACCGCCUGGCUCCAAGCUAAGUCGCUCAACGGAAUGACAGCGAACCUCCUGGACCCUCACCUUAUGGGUUUCUUUCUUCUUCGCUUCAGGAGAUCCAGAGGGCACUUGCCUGCAGGAUGGGCCGGCUCCUUAUUUUCCUGGGCUGAGCCCUUUGGAGGGAGGGUGGGCACAGCUGGGCCUGCUGUGACCACUGGGAGGGAAGAGAAGAGGAGGUCAGAGGACCUGGGUGAGGACUAGGGCAUCGAGGGCAUGUGUGUGGGUGGGGGCAGCCUCCACUUCCUGGAUUCAAGAGAUUCCAGGGGUGCAGCAUGUGCUUUCUGUAUGUUUUCUUCAUUAAAACAUUAGGCUAAUA